ACUCGCAAUUCUCUCUCGUUUUCUCUCUGAGCUCUCACAAGCUCACUCAGUCAUGGCUCCUCUCAGAAUUCUCCUCUGUGGUGACGUACUAGGCCGUCUCAAUCAGCUAUUCAAGCGCGUUUCUUCGGUGAACAAAUCAGCUGGUCCAUUUGAUGCUCUAUUCUGCGUGGGCCAAUUUUUCCCGGAUUCAAUUGAAGGGCUUGAGGAAUUCCAUGGAUACAUUGAAGGCAGCUCCAAAAUUCCCAUACCGACCUACUUUAUUGGGGACUAUGGCGUCGGGUCCCCGAAAAUUUUGUCAGCAGUAUUGAAGGACCCGAGUAAUCAAGGGUUUAAGAUGGAGGGUUUUAGAGUAUGUGACAAUUUGUUUUGGUUGAAAGGCAGUGGAAAAUUUGAGCUUCAUGGGUUAUCUGUGGCAUACUUAUCUGGUAGGCGAUCUCCAACUGGAGCUCAAUUUGGAACAUACAGUCAAGACGAUGUUGAUGCUUUGAGGGCUUUAGCUGAGGAUCCGGGAACAGUAGACAUAUUUCUUACUAAUGAAUGGCCCAGUGGAGUCACAAAUGGAGUGACAUCAAAUGUUCCUUCAGAAAUUUCUGAUUCAUCUGGUAGUGAUCCCACAGUGUCAGAAUUAGUAGCUGAGAUUAAGCCUCGGUAUCAUGUUGCAGGAACUAUGGGUGCAUACUUUGAUCGUCAACCAUAUGCUAAUGUUGAUGCUCUACACGUAACUCGCUUUCUGGGCUUAGCUCCUGUUGGAAACAAAGAUAAACAGGUUGUUCCUAUUCCUUUGUCCAGGGCAUCUUUGGUUCAAGAUAUUUUUAACUUGGCUGCAGAAAAAUUGGGAUUCAAAUUUACCAUAAUUAAAGAAGGAAGACAAGCGUUGCGGACACAGUUUGACAGAAGUUGCAGCUUAUUUUAUGUUGAAGUUCCUGGAGGUGGUAUUUUGUCACAUGUUGUGGAGGAGAAUGAAAAAUUCCCAGCUCAAUUUGGUCGUGAGGUAAGAUCUUUGUAUAUACCUGACAAGGGAGGAUAGCCUAGUGUAAACGGGA